CAGGAUUGGUGGAUGGCUGUACUUGGUGUGGCCCCAUGCCAAGCCCGUAUGUCUUUAUAUACUGUGAACGGGUGACCGGACAGUCCUGAGUGUGCAUCGCAUCCACUCUGCGUCUCUCCAUCUCCACUGCUCUCUCUCUCUGCGGGGCCCCUGUCAAUCUUUAACUCCAGCAGCAUCCACCAUAUCUUCUUCUUCUCCUCCAUCUUUAUUCCUGUCUCUUUCUUUCCCCGGCUGUGAAAACAAUGGCCAUGCCGAGCCUGCUCCUCACUUUCUCCCUGUGGCUCCUGGCUGGGAGCCUCAUAGUGGAGGCGACUUACUACCGGCACCACCGCUACGUCCCCCACGUCUACCGCUACCGGGAGCACUCUGCCAACACGGAGAACCUCCUCCCUGAGGUCUCCAACCCGGAGCCUGUAGUCCCACAGCCGGGUGAGCCGAUCUACCCCGUGAUCCCCGAGGUGUUCCACCCGGCACCUGAAGUCCUACACCCCUUACCAGAGGCUUUCCACCCGGUGCCCGAAGUCGUGCAUCCUGCACCUGAGCCCUACCACCGAGCUGAGGUUUUCCAUUCGGUGAUUGAAGCCUCCUCCCCCGUCAACACCAGCCGGGUUUUCUACGGGAUCAUGUUUGACGCUGGGAGCACGGGCAGCAGGAUCCACAUCUAUAAGUUCAUCCAGAAAGACCCUGUUGAGCUGCCAGUCCUGGACAAUGAAAUGUACAACGCCGUGAAGCCUGGUCUUUCUGCCUAUAAAGACAACCCUGAGGAGGGUGGCAACACUAUCCGCCAGUUGCUGAAAAUUGCCAAGAAGACAGUGCCAGAAGAGGACUGGAGGAGGACACCGGUGGUCCUGAAGGCCACAGCGGGUCUGCGUCUGCUGCCUGAGGAUAAGGCAAAUGCUCUUCUGAAGAAGGUGCGAGAGGUUUUUGACGAGUCCCCUUUCUUCGUGCCAAACAACAGUGUUUCUAUCUUGAACGGAGCAAAAGAAGGAGUCCUCGCCUGGGUCACAGUGAACUUCCUUACAGGUCACUUGUACUCCAACACAAGGAGGACAGUGGGCAUCCUGGACCUGGGUGGAGGAUCUACACAGAUCACGUUCCUUCCCAAGUCAAAGAAAACGAUUCAGGAUGCUCCCGCCACUUAUAUUUCUAAUUUCAACCUCUUCAAACAUACCUAUCAACUCUACACACACAGCUACCUGGGAAAUGGACUUUUUGCGGCCCGACUGGCGACUCUUGGAGCACUAGGAGCCGAUGGUCUAGAUUGGAAAGUCUUCUCAAGUUCCUGCCUCCCGAAAAAGUUCACCGAAAACGUGACUUUUGGUGGAACCACCUACAAAGUUAGCGGGAUUCCUGACGGCUAUGCAGGCUAUAAGCUGUGCUACUAUGAGGUUAUGAAGGUAAUCAAAGGAAUAGUGCACCAGCCUUAUGAAGUGAAGGGCAGCAGUGUCUUCUACGCCUUUUCUUACUACUUCGACAGAGCUGUGGAGUCUGGCCUCAUCGAUGGCAGUCGAGGUGGUGCGGUUGAAGUCAGGGAUUUUAAGAAGAGAGCCAAAGAAGUGUGCAACAAAAUGACCAAGUACCGUGCUAUCAGCCCCUUCCUCUGCAUGGAUUUAACAUAUAUCACUUGUCUGCUAAAGGACGGCUUUGGCUUCAAGGACAGCACUGUGCUGCAGCUAGCCAAGAAGGUGAACAACGUGGAGACGAGCUGGGCCCUGGGGGCAACCUUCGACUACUUCAGAAACCUCAACAUCCACUAAGGACGGCUCGCUGUCACUGCAGCCGGCACUGAGAGGGACAGUUUGUUACUUUUGGGCUUCCCGUCCUCCGUCCACUCUUGAACAGACACACCUGGUCCCGCCACGCCCCUCCUCUUUUUCCCUCAACCUCCGCACCCUGCGAACACUCUGAGAACAGUUGAAAAAAGAAAUCACUAUAUUUUUAUAAGGCCAGCUAUUUCUACUGUAUGUUGAGCUCAUAACUGGUGGGCUGACUUUAUUUUUUUAAAAACGUUUACAUUUUUGAUUCCUUAUAGGGGUGUCUGAUCUGAAAUGUCUUUCUCGCCUGCCUGUUAAGUGUGGAGGGUAACCAGCAUGGUAUAAUGAUACUUACUAUGAUCCUGGUGUGCACUGUACAGUACAGUGGGAUUUAUUUAGAGACUAGUUGCUGAAACAGCAACAAUCUUUCAUGCUUGUAAAUCAACUUUCUUCACAUUCUAGGGGUUAAUUAUUUUAACCUGAAUUCAUUGCCUCAUAGUCACUAUUGGAAAUAGAGUAGUUUUUAACCAUACUGUACAGCUUAUUUUCUUCAACUUUGCACAUAACACUUUAUCUGCAGAUAGUGUAGCUAAGAAGUUUGCUUUGAUAUCGACAAAAGAGUUGUAUAUAUUCAUCAACUAGAGUAGGAUUGACCAUGACUUCAGAGAGCGCCGUGGAGAGGCCUCUGGCAGACUGAAUUGUAUAGCUGUUACAUGUAUGGGCUUAAUGUCUGUAGUUUUAAAGUCCAGCCAUUAUUGUUUGUUUUGUCUACAGUGGAAAGGACCUUCAGCAUUGCUUAAUUGCAGGGGCCCAAGGUCAAACUUUAUUUUAGACAAGCGGUUAAAAUAACCUCUCAUUAAGCAUGGAUAGUGAAUCAAACAACGUAAUUUACAGCUAUUAAAAACAGCAAAAAUGUAAGCAAAAAAUGUAAAAGCUUUAAAACCCAGCUCUUUCAUUUGAUGCCGUUUUCUCAAAAACAUUAGCCAUUAUGAAUUAUGUUUUUGAAUGCUCUUGUGAAUUGUACAAAUAUUUAUAUAACUUUAUAUAAUUUAAUUAUCCUUAUCCAACAUUAACAUUUGCAUCUAACUGUUCUGUAAACCAUGCUUUUGCUGUUCUUUCAGUAUUUAAAUAACUACUGCUGUAUAUACGUAAUGUAAAUGUGUAUUAGUGAAAUCUUCUCCAGGAACUGCUUUUACGUUGCAAAAACUUUGCGCUGCAGUUGAUCAGAUAUACCUGUAUGUAUGUAUCAGUAUGAAUAUCAAGAUGACUGAAAAUAUGUAAAAUGCUGUUUUUAUUAAAUCCAGUGAAAAAGUGUAUUGUAUCCAUGUAUGUUUUAAUAAA